AUGUCUGACAAAAACAAAAAACGUAGCGAUGUAUGGAAUUACUUUUUUGAAAGUGGUUUAAAUAAAGCAAAAUGUAAAUUUUGCUCAAAAAUAUUGUCAUACAAGGGCGGUGCGACAGGUAAUCUUAUCCGUCAUGUUAAAUUAGUGCAUACCUUAUUACAACAACAAGAGAAAAACAAUAAACUUCCAGAAGAUGAAAGAACAUCUACAUCCACCGCUCCCAUUACAGAACCCAGUACAUCAGCAGAAGAAGCAAGCAGUCUACAGUUGCCUAGAAAAAUAUUAAAACCCAAUGUGCUAUCUUCAUUUAUUAAGCGACCGUUAAAUGACAGAAGAACACAAGAAAUUCACGAUGCUCUAGUUAAAUUAAUUGUUAAAAAUUAUCUUCCUAUACAAUUAGUAGAUAGCGAGUAUUUUCGCUCAUUUGUCGAAAAAUUAAAUAAUAGUUACCAAGUUCCGUCCCGCAAAACUGUUUCCAACACUUUGAUACCACAACUAUAUACUAUGGUACAAGAAAAUGUUAGACAAUCUUUGGAAAAUUUAGUGGGAUGCUGUAUAACAACAGAUGGUUGGACAUCCUGUGCCAAUAAAAGUUUUAUUAGUGUUACUGUACAUUAUAUCGAUAAAAACAAUACAAUGCAAUCAAAUUUAUUAGACUGUUAUGAUUAUAGUGACCGACACACGGCUGAAAACCUGUGCAGUGAACUAAAAAGAAUUACUCGCGAGUGGAAUAUUCAUAAUAAAAUAGUUGCGGUAGCAAGCGACAAUGCUGCAAACAUUGUGGCAGCAAUAAGAUUAACAGGCUGGAAACAUAUCCCAUGUUUUGCUCACACGUUGAACCUUAUUGUACAGUCAUCCCUUGAAGAAAAUGCAACAAUAGUUCAAACGCAACGCAAAAUUAAAAAAAUCGUUGAAUAUUUCAAACGCAGUACACAAGCCAGCGCUAAACUCUCAGAAAUGCAAACUCAAUUGGGCAAACCUAUUCUUAGUUUAAAACAGGAUUGUAUUACUCGGUGGAACUCUACACUUGAUAUGUUCAAUCGCAUUUUACAAGUGAAGGAAUCUCUCAUGUCCGUCAUCGCAAUAAACUAUCCUAAUGUGGCAAAUAUUGAUAAUAAUGAUAUUAAAAUUAUUGAGGAAAUAUGCAAUUUAUUACAAGUGUUUAAAGAUGUCACUGAAGAAAUGAGUAGCGAAAAACAAGUAACAGCUUCAAAAAUUAUUCUUUUAAGUUCUGCGCUGAAAAAAUAUUGCGCUAACUACUUGAUAGAAAACUUAGAUGUUCCUCCGCAAGUAAUAGAAUUUGGGCAAAAGUUGCUUGAUAACUUAAACACUCGAUUUCAUUUAAUUGAGGACAACAAAAUAUUUGCUGAAGCUACUUUCUUGGACCCUCGAUUCAAGCGUCAUGGUUUUUCAAAAGAAACUACAUUUGAAACAACAAAACAGUCUUUAAUAUCACAAGUUACUGCAAUGAUUAAUGGCCAACAACAAAAUCAAAUAGAAAUUAAUGAAUCCAAAGCUGUGGUUAAGCCUGAGAAAACUUCAAUUUGGAACGAAUUCGAUGAAAAAGUCAACAAAUUGGUUCAAAAAAAUAAUCCCAGAGCAGCUGCUAUAAUAGAAAUCAACAAAUAUGUUGACGAACCCAUUCAUCCAAGAAAAAGUGAUCCGUUGGAAUGGUGGGUCCAGAGAAGUCAUACAUAUCCACGAUUAUUUGAAUUGACAAAAAAAAAAUUAUGUAUCGUUGCAACAUCCGUUCCAUCGGAGCGAAUUUUUUCGAAAGCGGGGCUUACAAUAACAGAUCGAAGAAAUCAGUUAAGCGGAAAGCGCGUGUCACAAAUUUUGUUUUUAAAUGCAAAUCUAUAG